AUGGAAACGCCAUCACCAUCACGAACAGUACUGGUACCGGGAGAGGAUCAGAUGUUGCAGUCAAAUAGGAUACAAGAAAUUGAAGCUGUGCAUGAUGGAAGAAACCUCAAACAAGAGUUCUCCCAGUUGACUAUGAAUUCUAGUGAUAAAAAAUAUCUAAAUAUACUCCAGUCUAUGGGUCAAGCUAUUUAUGUGCUUGAUGCCAUUGGUUUGAUAACUUACUGGAAUCCAUCAGCUGAGAACCUUUACGGUUAUUCUGCUUCAGAAGCGCUUGGUCGGAAUAUCCUUGACCUCUUAUUUGGAAGCAAAGAAGCCAGAGAAGACGCGAUGCAUAUAUUGCGCAAGAAUGCCUCGGGUGGCAGCUGGAAUGGGACAUUCCCAGUUAAGAAUAAACAAGGGGAACGAAUUUUAGUCCUUAUUACCAAUAGUCCCCUCUAUGAUGAUAAUGGUAGUAUUGCUGGGAUUAUCUGCGUAUCUGUUGAUUCAGAGAAGUUUCUCCAAAUACCACCAGCUUCACUUGCGGAAGUCAAUUCUAGCUUUUGUCAGCUGACAAGUCGUGAACAGCCUUCGCAAGUUGUAGUUACUCCAAGUGGAGCUUGCACGCUUAGAGGGGACGUACCCCCAUCUCCAUCUGGUGCACCUUUGGAAACUGUCUCUUUGAAAAAAUUCUUAGCAAGUGGCGAGGGUGAAGGCAAGAUUGGAAUUCAUAAGAGUCAUACUUCUACGGAAGAGGCUUGCACUAGCAAGAAAAACAUGCCAUGUCCAUGGAAAGGAAGUGAACAUGAUGGGUUGGUAGCAAGGACUACACAUGACAUCUUUGCCUGGAUAAGAAGUGAACAAGAAAAUGACUUUGAUCUGUCAAAGAGUUCUGAUUCCUUUGGUUUUUACUCAUCUUCUGGCAAGUCCGAUGUAAGUAGUGUUAGCAGUAUUGGUAGUACUAGUCUUAGUAGUUUUGAUACAGGAACAGAUUCAUCAGAUUAUGAGAUCAUGUGGGAAGAGUUGACGGUCGGAGAAGAAAUAGGACGAGGUGCAUGCGGAACUGUAUAUCAUGGAAUGUGGUGUGGUUCGGACGUUGCUCUGAAAGUAUAUUAUAAAUUCGAGUACUCUGAGGACCUGCUACAAACUUUCAGGCAAGAGGUGUUGCUUAUGAAGAAACUCCGUCAUCCAAAUGUACUACUCUUUAUGGGGGCAGUAACUUCCCCUGAGAACUUAUGCAUUGUCACAGAGUUCCUCCCACGUGGAAGUCUAUUUCAGUUGCUUCAACGAGGCAGUUGUAAACUCGAUAAGAGACGGCGUGUUCUCAUGGCUUUAGACAUCGCACGAGGUAUGACCUAUCUUCAUAGUCGCAAUCCUCCGGUUGUUCAUUGUGAUUUGAAGUCCUCAAAUCUGUUAGUUGACAAGAAUUGGACUGUGAAGGUUGGUGAUUUUGGCAUUUCAAGGCUCAAAAACGCAACGUAUCUCACCGGGAAGUCUGGUAGAGGAACGCCACAAUGGAUGGCUCCAGAGGUUAUGCGUAGCGAUCCUUCGGAUGAGAAGUCUGAUGUAUACAGCUUUGGGGUAAUAUUGUGGGAGCUUUCAACACAAAGGAUCCCAUGGGGUACCCUCAACUCAUUUCAGGUGAUUGGAGCAGUAGGGUUCAUGGACCAACGACUUGAUAUACCGAAAGAUACAGAACCACAAUGGGCAUCUUUAAUCGAGAGCUGCUGGCACAGUGAGCCGAAGUGUCGCCCAACGUUCCAAAGCCUACUAGGACAGCUGAAAGAUCUGCAAGUACAUUAUUCUGUUCAAAUGCCGUAA